GAUUGGGCGAGAAAUGGAUCUGUGUCAAUUUGCAAGAAAAAAAGUGGCUACUUUCUCAUAAAGAUUACCAGUUCUUCCUAGCUUUCAAACUGUGAUAUAUUUUGACAGCUAUGUUAUAUCGAGUGUCAUAAAUGUGGAAAGGCAAGAGUGAGGUUAUGGCUUGUGUAUAGUUAUUCAAAAUUUAUUGGAAUCCUGUUUUUUUUUUUAAUAAAGUGUUGGCGUUUUUCUAAUUCUUUAAUUUAAUAAGUAACAUAUUAUUUUUUAAUAGCAUGGCUUCAGGAGAUGAUAAAAGAAAGUCCUUAAACCCCCCACAAGAAAAAGAGAAGAAACGCAAAGAGUCUAUUUUAGACCUUUCAAAAUACCUAGAAAAAACCAUAAGAGUAAAGUUUGCCGGAGGUCGGGAGGCCAGUGGAAUUCUUAAAGGUUAUGAUCCACUUUUAAAUCUUGUACUGGACAACACUUUGGAAUACCAAAGAGAUCCGGAUGAUCCUUAUAAAUUAACGGAAGAUACAAGAGAAUUGGGUCUUGUAGUCUGCAGGGGAACCAGUGUAGUUUUAAUAUGCCCAAUGGAUGGAAUGGAAUCUAUUCCCAAUCCUUUUAUUUCGCAGGAUUAGAAGUACAUAUAAAUUUCUGUAUGGAAAGUGUGAAAUUGAGGUUUUAUUUUGUAAGGACAUAAUUUUUGUAUUAGGGUUACAUUUUUAAACUAGUAAUAUAAGUAAUCUUUUAAAUUUA